GAGACGGCUUCUCACCUCAGGCUCUACAUAUAUCAUAAAGUUUAUUUUCAGACAAGUCUUCAAAACUAACAGAUCUUUGGAUCUUCUUCUUUUUGGUGAUGGCUCUUCAGGACAGCUUGGAUCAUCUUCGGUGUAAUGAUUCAGACGAACAAGAUCCUACUUCAACGACCAUUGAGUUUCUCCGUGCGCGUUUACUCGCUGAAAGAGCUGUUUCCAAGAGCGCAAGAGCUAAGCUUGAUGGACUCUCUGAUAAAGUAGCAGAGCUGGAGGAACAGCUAAAGAUUGUGUCUUUACAGAGAAAGAAGGCAGAACAGGCAACUGCUGAUGUCCUUGCCAUCCUUGCAGAACAUGGGUUUACUAAUGUCUCAGACGGUUAUGAUUCAAGCUCUGAUCAAGAAAGCUACUCUCAGACGAGUUCAGUGUCGGGCAAAAGUCUAUCCUGGAAAGGGCGCAGGAGAGAAGCAGCUUCUUCUGACAAGGCCAGUAAUAGGAGACAGAGAGGUUUUGACUCUGCUUAUAUUUGGCGUCCAAGACACCGUCAAGGAAGGUCUUGUAGACAAAUAAAACGCAGUGAAUCAAGAACUGUAUCUGAAGAUCAUAAGGGAGAUGGCGAUGCGGUUGUUGAUCUUCAAGAUGGCACUGAAGUGGUUCCUAAAUUGAGUGAAGAGGCAUCUGUGGAUGGUGUUGAUGUUAUGAAGGGAGACCAAAGCUUGCAGAAUGUAUUAGAGAAGAGAGACAAUAUGGACAUCAACUUAGAGAGAGCUUUACAAAAACGUGCACAAGUUAUUGGGUCUUUUGAAGAUAUGGAAGAGACUCAAAAGCAGUGGGAGAAAGAGUUCACUGAUAAUAAAUCAUCUGCCCUGGACUCAUGUGACGUAGGGAACCAUUCAGAUGUGACAGAUGAAAGUAACGGAGAAAAAACACAAACUCAGGUCCAAGGUUCAACACUAGUACCUCCACUCUGUGAUACAAGGUCUGUAGCUAAUGAAGUUGACCAAGGUUCGCCUGAUAACUCAGUAACGUCACCUGAUAAGUGCUGCAACAGUUGUGGAUCAAAAGCUAUGGAACAAGAUGCUUCUUCUUCUUUAGACAAAGGAAAACAAACACCUGAGAGUCCUAAAAGUGAGUCUUCUCAUUCACAGAGCUCUAAAGGUAUCUCUGAGCACUCUUCAUCAACUAUUCAGCCACCUCCUAUAACUCAACCUAACUCGAGAGCAACUACCAUCCAGAAAGUAGAUUAUCCCUUAGUUCCAAUGGCAAAGGAGAAGUCUGAUACAUGUGAUACAGUACUCACUGCGCUAAAGCAAGCUAAGCUAGCUCUGCAAGAGAAAGUCAAUAGCCUACAUAUCAGAAAACCUGAGUAUCUUUGCUCAUACCCUUCAACGCCAGGUUCGUAUAUGAACACAUACGCACUACCCAUAGAGGCAGCACCUGGUUCCAAAUCAUCUCUCCCUACUUCUUCUAACGUCGGUUCCACAGUAGAGUUUCCUGUUGGAUGUGCUGGUCUUUUUCGAGUGCCCACUGACUUUUCACCUGAUGCAUCAACUAGGAACAGCUUUCUAGCUUCUCCGAGUUCUCAGAAAGCUCUGGUUAGCCAUACACCUGACGCGAGUCCUCCUUUCUCAAUAGAUGAGCGUCCUCUGACCACUCCAUACAUUGGUGGACCAAAACUAUAUGCAGGCUUCAGGGCAGAUAAUCAAGAAGCCACACCAAGUGUUUCAGGAAGGGUCAUCUCUGGUUUUGGAAGUAACCAACCAUCAUCAGCUAGCUUCAAGUUAGAUAGACAAGUAAGUACGUAUGCUCCCAUGGCACCUGCACGGAGCUUGUGUCCUGAUUCAGUUCUGCGUAGUAGAGAAAUGUAUUCGACUCCUUAUUACACACGUGCGGUUGGGUUGCCUCCUAGUGGUGGUUCAGGUGACGGCUUGUUUAGGCGAGUAUGAUUCUGUUGUGUGCUUUCUGAUCAAAGCUGUAAUAUAAUAUGUUGAAACCUUAGUGUGUUGUAUACAAUGUGUAGAGACCAAACCUGCUUUGUGUGUGAAUUUGUUAGAAACAAAGUCAAACGAAAUACUGUAAAGAAGGUGCAAAAGGUGUGUAUGUGAGUGAUUCAUAGCGUUAUAAGUACAGGACAUUGAUUGUUUAUUACAUACCGUU